AUGAACACGGCACGCUGCAGCCCAGGUUUGCGCUGUGCAGGUUCCUUCUUUGGUGACCUUGGCAUUGGAGUGCACCAGCUGCUGUCUAAAGAAAGGCGCAAAUAUUUCUGUGGAGUCUUGACUGCCGUAGUGGUGACAUUGGUGGCGUUAGUUUCAUGCCAGGGUGAGGAUGUUUCUUUGAAAACACGAGGCACACAGACCAAGCCAUUGCUCCUUUCGAUAAGAUCCAAGAUUUGCUUGCUCUUCAGUCCUUUGACAACUCAGUUUGCCAAGGAUUCUUUCCACCGAAUCUGUAUGUCCUUCUGCCGCAACCUCCCACAGCAUCGGUCACUCGCGGCUCACGUGCUGAACUUGAUGGAAGUUGUUCGAGAAGCUCAGUUCGCUUCUUCCACAGAGCUCAGUUUGCAGAGGGACUUUCUGAGCAUGGCUCUACUGACUCAGCUGCUGGUUGUGUGGGCGUCUGACCGGAUCAAGGGUCAAACUUGGGAGGCUCACAUGAAGACCUCUGAGGAAAAGCCCAAAACAGAUUCCACAAAGUUAUUCCUGCCGAGCUUUGUGGAAUGCGAGGGUGUUGGAGUGACUUUGAAUUUGGGUGACAAACAGCACAGCUUCGCAGAGGGCGACCUCUUUUCUUUGGAACCGCUUGUUUCAGGCGGCGCCCUUCUCAGCACGCAGGUAGCCCAAAGCACGUACCAGGGCUUGCAGCGAAGACAGCAGAAUGGCUUUUGGGUCGAGCCUGUGGCAGUUGGUGUUUUCACAGAAUUUAAGCCUGAGAUCAAGGCGACAGUAGCUCCUUCACAGAUGACCGGGAGCAUCUCCAAGAUGCUUCAGGGCCUUGAUGUUAACCAAGUAAGAUGGUUGCUGAGACCUAUCCCGCCUUUGGCUACUGUGGAUCUCUGCUGGAAGGCUGUAAGUGGAAAGUGGGAGAAAAGGACAGGUGGAAGACCUUCAUUUAAGACAGGUCCUCACUUCCAGAGCUUGAACAGCCGACAACGCGAUGCUUACCAGGAUGCCCUCAGACGUCAGGUGUCGCUGGUUUCGGGACCUCCAGGCACUGGGAAGACACGCUUCAUCGCGACGCUCACGCAGGAUGUUUUGGCCCAAAGUCCUCCAGGGCCUGUGCUGCUGCUAUCCGAGACCAACUUUGCCGCAGACAAUUUGCUCACAGCAGUGCAAAAGAUCAAGGAGGUUCAGGUGUUGAGGCUGGGCGCCGCCGAGCGAACAGCUGCUCGGGCAUGGGAGCUGAAGACAAAGGCCGAACGAGAAUCCAAACAACACGGCCAGAAAUUCUUCGCCUAUCGGAAGGAGCUUCUGAAGGAUGUAGAGGUUGUUUGCUCCACGUGCGUUCGUGCGGCUUCCUUUCCCAAAGAGCUGAAGGAGAAUCAUCCCAUGUUGGUAGUUGAUGAAGCCAGCCAAGUGACAGGGCCUGUGCUGCUCGCAAGUGUCUUCCGCCGCUGUGCGAAGCUGGUACUAGUCGGAGAUGAACAACAACUUGGCCCAGUUUGUGCUUUGGACACCGAGAUCUUGCAAAGGCUGAAGCAGCUGUUGCCUCCAGGACUCGGUCCUGCGGAGUCUGCAUUCUCCUGGCUGUUGCAGAAUCAAAUGACCAGCGUAAUGCUUACUGAGCAGCACCGCAUGCAUCCCAAACUCGCAGAGUUCCCCUCCAACCAUUUCUACCAGGGGCAAUUGGUGAAUGCAAUUGCCACUUCUGAACGUUCCCUGGUGAAGGGCAUCGACUGGCCAGCAUUUCCAGUAAAGUUUGUGGACACUUCGCAGGAGGAUGCUCAGGAGCAAUCUGUGGGCACUUCUUGGAAAAACGUAAGGGAAGCAGAGCAGUUCGCCCUUUACCGUGAUCAGCUGUUGGAUGAAAAUCGCGGUGCUUCUCAGCUUCCUUGGACUUUGAUAGCGGUAGCCGGAGCCCUGGUUGGGGCUCAAGGAACAGGAGGCACGUUGAUGGAUACGCAGGAGAUCUUCACGGACCAGGGCGGACUGGCUGAUGGUCUUGGGGCUUCGGCAACUACGCUGGCAGAAGAGCAGAGCGAGCAAGAUGCUUGGACCAGGGAGUGGACCGCUGACGAGUGGAGAGAGUGGAACGCCAGGCGCUGGGGAGCGCCAUAUGCGCCUCACUCCGAACCUUGGUGGGACUCCAAUACUGAUGUCUUGUUGAGGCGCGGCAGCGAGAAGAUCCUCAAGUCAAUGGAUUGCGAGCUGCAGUCCAAGCUAGACCACUUGACAGAUGCUGAACUUCAAGGCCAAGACUACUUGAGGGUCAUUUUCUUCGUGAUGGAUGUCUUGGCAGGAGAGGCACAGUUCACAGCAGCAGCCCGCUUCGUGAACCUUCCUGAUGACCUGAAGGCCUUUAUGAUGGAAGAGCAGGGUGGGCUCUCCAAGCAGAACUUGCAGAAUUUGCGCGUCCUCACAGGAGGUGCCAGCAACUUCUCCAGCGUGGUUCGGGCCCUGCAGGUCUUAGGCGUGGAUGACGAGCCUCUCUUGAAGGCCAACAGCAGUGGCCGAACCUACUUGACCAAUAAGGAGGUUCCAGCGGACUAUACCAUAAGCCAUGACGAGACCUUUGACUCUGAGGAUGACGAGGUCCCUGACGAGACCGAGAUCAAUGCUUGGACGAGGAGCAUGGCCUUGAACUACUUGGCCGAUUGGGAAGAGAAGCGCCGUCGCACAUGGGCUGAGAACAACGCUUUGAAAAAAGCGCAGAAGAAAGAUCGUCGGCACUUUGAGACUCCGUCUUCCCGGCCUCCUCGACCUCCUCAACACAAGGGUCCACUUCACACCGCUCAGCUGAAGGCCAUCACUCGAUGUGCUCGAUGUGGGAUGAAGGGUCACUGGAAAGAGGAAUGCACCAAUCCGUACAAGGCCAAGGGUGAAAAGAGUCAGACCUCUAAGGUCGCGGGUGGGUCUCCUUCCGCCUUUGUCUUCUUGGGCAUGAGCGCUGUGAGCAAGGAUGACGGCUCCUAUGCGGGUUGGGGCUCCUACUUCAACUUCCUUGAGAUCCCCCCGGGAUAUGCCAUCGUGGACCCAGGUGCGAGUCAAGACCUCAUUGGAUAUAAGUCUUACCAGCGCCUGCGCAGUGAGCUCGCCAAACAUGGGCUCAAGGCUGUGAGACUGGAGCAGCCUCCUCCGCCUGCCACGGGCAUUGGGGGCCAGGCAAAACCACUUUUCUUGGCUCUGGCUCCAUGCUUCUCGGGCGGCCACCCAGGUGUGGUGCGCGUCACCGUCAUUGAGGAGGAUGUGCCCCACCUUUUGUCACUUGGCUUGCUGGAGCAUACCAAGUCAGUGAUUGACACAGAGAACAAGAUCCAUUUCAGUGCACUCAUGAAACUGCUUGAGUCAGGGCACCGCGUGCUCAGUGUGACCGAGGGGGCCAAACAGUUUGAGGUGCCUCCACAAGUGUUGGCUGAAUAUGGUUUGUCCCCUGAUUCGUUUCAUUUCAACGACUCUGAGCGCGGUGUGGCAUAUAUGAUUUUUGAUCCUGUGCUUUUUCAACGUGCCUCGCAUCCGGCCAUGCAGAGCCUUAUUCCAGCGCAACCAGUCGAAGUGGUUCUCGAUGACUUCGAAGCUCCUGCACGUGUCAAAGGGCCCAUUCAAUUUGAAGAUGCCGAUGCUGGCAACGCGUGGGGGGCAACCAAAAUGGCCGAUGGAGGAAGUGCCUCCUAUGCAAGGAGAAACUCUCCUUCGAACCAUUCGGGCCUCAAAACCCUCGACCUCCACCCAAGAAGACUACGACGGCACUGGCCAUUGCUCCAACCACCUCUCCGGAAAACGGUGACUCAAAUCAAGAAGGCGGCAGGCUAUCUGGCAAAGGCCUCCAAGCCAGCCCAGUAUGUCUCUCACCAGGAGAUGAAGGAGCUGAUGCAGGAGCAAGUCAAUCAGAUCUCCUCGGGAGUCGCGGCAGCUUUGGGUCCUUUGGUGCAGUCUCAGCAGAUGCUGCAACAUCAGCUGGCGAACACGGUGAUGGCGAGCAGCGCGGCACCAAGCUCUGGGGUCCCACAACAGCCACAGCAGAUGCCUGUGGCCCCUCAGAGCUUCAAUCUCUGGGAGGAGGACGACACGGAGAUGGUGAACCCCAACGCGUGGGACCUACGCCAAUGA